AUGUAUUAUUCAACUUUGUUACUGAUAACAGUCCUACUUUUUGAAGUUUACCAGUCUUCCCCAAUUAAUUAUCCCUCAUACAUUGAUGAUAAUACUCACUACGUUACAUUAGCUUCACCAAAAGUAAAUAAAGAGAUUUAUAAAGAAUCAGAGUAUGUAACGCAUUUGAAGCAGAGUACAACAUUUGAAAUUGAUCCAAAUGAUGAGGACAUUGAUUAUGAUUCUUCUGGCAAUAAUGAAUACUACUACACCAGCAAUAAUCAAAAUCAUGAUAAAGAUAAUCAACAGUAUUUUGAAUCUGGCCAUAUGGACGAAGAAUCUUCAAAAUAUCACAAAGAAUUUAGAAAACAACAAGUGUAUAGUCAACAAUUCGAGCAUAUACCACAAGGUAGAGUCAAUCAGUAUUCAGGCCACGGGACAGUCUAUAACCUGUAUGAUCAAGGAGAUUUGUAUAAUUAUUAUAGUACAGGUGAAGACAGCAAUCUGGAUUUAUAUAGUACGUUUGAAGAAUAUACUACUGACUACUCUCCGAAUAACGAUAUGCAUUUCGACUCAUACAGUUAUGAUGCUGAUAUUGAUAAUUUUUACAAUGAACAGCUUCAAACUGCUUUUAACAGGAAUAAGUACUAUAAUGAGUUUAAUCACAAUAACCAUGAUAUACAUUAUUCAGCUAGACCGAAAAAUGUCAGAAAUAAACAUGACAAACGCAACACAUUUGGGAGAAUAAACUCCUUGUAUAAGGGUGGAUACGAUCAAACUGGAAAUGGUAGAAAUCAGUUGCAGAUGGAUGUAAAACAGAAGUAUAGUAAUAAUUACUACAGACAUAGAUAUAAUGGAUACUAA